AUGUGGCUACUUUUCAUUGGAGCUUUGGCUGUUAUAAGCAUAACACAUUGGGUUUAUACGUGGAUGAAUCCAAAGUGCAGUGGGAAACUACCACCGGGGUCAAUGGGAUUCCCACUUUUGGGAGAGACCCUUCAGUUCUUUAGUCCCAACACUUCUUUUGAUAUUCCUCCUUUCAUCAAGCAAAGAAUUAAAAAGUAUGGAGCAAUAUUCAGGACUAGUUUGGUGGGAAGACCAGUUGUGAUAUCCACAGAUUCUGAUCUUAAUUACUUCAUUUUCCAACAAGAGGGACGUUUGUUCCAAAGCUGGUAUCCAGAGACCUUCACCGAGAUCUUUGGGAAGCAGAAUGUGGGGUCCUUACAUGGUUUCAUGUACAAGUACCUCAAGAACAUGGUGCUCAAUCUCUUUGGUCCUGAAAGCCUCAAAAAGAUGCUUCCUGAAGUUGAACAAGCGGCAAAUGGAAAAUUACGACAAUGGUCGAACCGGGGUGUGAUCGAAUUGAAAGAAGCAACUGCAAGGAUGAUAUUUGACUUGACAGCUAAGAAACUGAUCAGUUAUGAUCAAGAGAAAUCGUCGGAGAAUCUACGGGAAAAUUUUGUUGCAUUCAUCCAGGGUUUAAUCUCUUUUCCUUUGAACAUUCCUGGAACAGCUUACAACAAAUGUUUAGAGGGUCGAAAAAGGGCAAUGAGAAUGCUGAAGAAGUUGCUACAAGAAAGAAGGGAAAACCCCAAAAAGCAGCAAAGUGAUUUUUUUGACUAUGUCCUUGAAGAACUUCAGAAGGAGGGAACAAUUCUCACUGAGGCAAUUGCUUUGGAUCUAAUGUUUGUUCUUCUCUUUGCCAGCUUUGAAACAACUUCCUUAGCCUUGACUUUAGCCGUUAAGUUUCUCACUGACCAUCCUCUCGUGCUAAAGAAGUUGACGGAAGAGCAUGAGAUGAUACUAAAAAACCGAGAAAAUGCCGAUUCUGGAAUCACUUGGAAAGAAUACAAAUCAAUGACAUUUACAAUUCAGGUCAUCAAUGAAACAGUCAGACUGGCUAAUAUAGUUCCUGGCAUCUUCAGAAAAGCACUCAGAGAUAUCCAGUUUAAAGGAUAUACCAUUCCAGCAGGUUGGGCUGUUAUGGUCUGUCCACCAGCUGUGCAUUUGAACCCAGCAAAGUAUGAAGAUCCACUGGCCUUCAAUCCUUGGAGAUGGGAGGGAGUGGAAUUAAAUGGUGCUACAAAACAUUUCAUGGCUUUUGGCGGUGGCAUGAGGUUCUGUGUUGGAACUGAGUUUACAAAGGUGCAAAUGGCAGUGUUUCUUCAUUGCUUGGUAACAAAGUACAGAUGGAAUGCAAUUGGAGGAGGAAAUAUAGUCAGGACUCCUGGUUUACAACUUCCAGAUGGUUACCAUGUCCAAAUGGUGGUAAAUGAUAAAGGAGAAAGGGAACAACAUGAAGCUUAA